AUGAAGCACAUAUCGAUGGUCUUUGGCAACUUCGUUGCUAACGAUAAAAUCGAUCUAACGGUUGCCAAAAACUCGGUCCACGCUAUCAUCGGUGAAAACGGAGCCGGUAAAACAACUUUGAUGUCGAUUCUCUUUGGUCUUUACCGGCCCACGAGCGGAACGAUUAAAAUUAACGGCCAAUUAGCCACGAUUAGGUCGCCCCUUGAUGCCAACCGGCUGGGCAUUGGGAUGGUUCACCAACAUUUCAAACUGGUUGACACUUUCAGCGUUUUUGAAAACGUGACGCUCAACUCCGAAGAUACUAAGCUCGGUUUUAUGACUCAGUCCGAGCAGCGCAAAAAACUCCAGGCGAUCAUUGACCGCUACGGUCUUGACUUAGAUUUAAAGCGCAAAAUUUCCCAGGCCAGCGUCGUCGAGCAGCAAAGAACCGAGAUCCUCAAAAUUUUGGCUCGCGACGCCGAUAUUUUGAUUUUGGACGAACCGACCGCGGUUUUAACGCCCCAGCAAAUUGACGACUUUCUAGCCGCUGUCUUGAAUCUUAAGGCCCAGGGCAAAACUAUCGUGAUCAUCUCCCACAAGUUAGAUGAGCUCAGAAAAGUGGCUGACCGCGCCACGAUUAUCCGCCGCGGAAAAGUGGUUCGGCAAGCCGAGAUGGCUAAGCUAACUAACGCCCAAAUCGUUCGGGCCAUGGUUGGCGCCAAACCAGUCGCCCAGCGCGCUCGUAAGAAAGUUAGCCCUGGCCAACCGCUGCUCAAAAUUUCCAACUUAGAAGUUAAAAAACUGGGCACCAAAGCGAUCGGACUGCGCGACUUUUCGCUCAGCGUUCGCGCGGGUGAAAUCGUGGCCAUCUGCGGAGUUGAGGGUAACGGGCAGCAGGAGUUAAUUAACGCGGUAGCGGGUCUUCAAAAAGUUGAAAAAGGCCGGGUUGAGUUUUUGCGGCCGCUUGCGCCAAGCGUUUCGCGCUGA